AUGGAAUACCCUCAUCUUGGAUUGCUGUUGGUGCUAAUCGACUUAACAGGUGGAAAUGUAAUAUUGCAUUUUGUGGGAGACAUAAGUUUUGACGGUGCCGCAAGCUACUAUCACAGACACGGAUAUUGCUCCUAUAAUAGUUCCUUUGCAAAUGUAGAAACUGUGUUGAAGCAGGCGGACCUCGUGCUAGGGAACCUGGAGGGCGCGUUCAUUCGCGAAGAUAUGCGAAAGGAUGGUGUACCUGGCAUGAUUCCAUUACUGAGUGCUGAACCUAGCAGCGUGGAAGCUUUAAAGUUCGCAGGGUUUGACAUUUUGUCAUUGGCAAACAAUCACCUUAACGACUACAAAACAAAGCCAGUCAAUUUCACAGUAGAGAUAUUGAAGAAUAAUGGGAUUCUGCCAUUUGGCUAUAGUUAUGGCAGYMUUGARAACGAACAACCCCAAAAUCCAGUAACGACCGAGGUUAAUGGUAUCAAGGUUGGCUUUCUUGGAUACUGCAUAACAUUUCUUGAAAAACCGCCCAACGAAGAAAAUGUCUGUAACUGUAUCGAAAAACGAAAAGGUCGGAAUGCUGGUCCAGCUAUUUAUAAAAAAGAAACUGUAACACGAGAUGUCAACGAUCUUAAGUCAAAGGUUGAUGUCAUAGUUGUCUUCAUGCACUGGGGUACAGAGUACCUAGCAAGACCGACUAUAUUUCAACGACGUGAAACAGCACAUCUAAAGUCCCUURGUGUCCAUGCUGUCAUUGGAAGCCAUCCUCAUGUACUCAUAGGCCACACCCUGAAAGGACACAAUCUGGUUGCAUACAGUUUGGGAAAUUUCUUGUUUGGACCGAAAUGUAAAAAUMAGCGUUUCUACUACAAGAAAAAUCCUUCUAAGAAGCAAGUACAGGAAUUUGAACAUUACAUGGCAACAGAGGGAAAAAAUGAAAACUCCUUACAAUCGCGUAUUCUGCGUGUGGAACUUAACAAGAAAGGAGUUGCACGCGCUUCUUACCUUCCUCUGAGAAUCGUACAGAAUCCCAAGAACAAGUGCUUUCAACCCACCCCAGCAAAGGAUGCCAAGUGGAUAAGAGUUUGCAAAGAUGGAGACAAA